AUGGACAGAUCUCAAGAACUCUAUGCCAAUGGUGACCAGAACUUAGAAGCAAACCUGAUAGAUGUUGAGGCAACUGAAUCCUCCUCAUCAUCAGAAUCUCAAACCAAGAACUAUAAGAGGUGGAUUCGUCUCUCCAUCUAUGUGUUCUUUGUCCUCUUCUGCCAACCACUUGCUACAAUUCUUGGUAGAUUGUACUAUGAAAAUGGUGGAGAGAGCACCUACGUGGUAACACUCCUCCCACUCAUUGGCUUCCCUGUUUUGAUUCUCUUCAACUUCUUUUCACAACUAAGACAACCAAAAUCAACAGAUACAAAUGUCAACCAGUCCCCUUCCUUCACAACCCUUGUAUCAGUUUACAUGUGCACUGGACUUAUACUAUCUGCUUACGCUUAUCUCUAUGCAAUUGGUUUACUUUACUUACCUGUUUCCACCUUCUCCCUCAUCUUAGCCUCACAGUUAGCCUUCACUGCCUUCUUCUCAUACUUCCUUAACUCACAAAAGUUCACUCCCUUCAUAGUCAACUCUCUGUUUCUCCUUACUGUCUCCUCUGCCCUCCUAGUGGCUAACACCGAGUCGGAAGACACACCAAAUGUCUCUCAAGUACAGUACGUGAUCGGGUUCAUAUGCACCAUCGGCGCUUCUGCUGGGAUAGGACUGCUGUUAUCUUUGAUACAACUCCUCUUUAGGAAGGUUUUCAAGGAGCAUACAUCUUCAGUAGUUAUGGACUUGACUAUCUACCAGUCUCUAGUUGCAAGCUGUGUAAUUCUCAUUGGACUUUUUGCGAGUGGAGAGUGGAGAACUUUACCUAGUGAGAUGAGAAACUACAAACUUGGGCAAGUUUCUUAUGUCCUGACCUUAGCCUCGGCAGCUAUCUCUUGGCAAGUAUACACUGUUGGUCUUGUGGGUUUGAUCUUUGAGUCAUCUUCUGUGUUUUCCAACUCCAUAACCGCUGUGGGGUUGCCUAUAGUACCAGUCAUAGCUGUGAUUGUCUUCCAUGAUAAGAUGGAAGCAUCGAAGAUCUUCUCCAUCGUUUUAGCUAUAUGGGGCUUCCUAUCGUUUGUCUAUCAGCACUAUCUUGAUGAGAAGCAGUUGAAGAGAAGUAACACAAGCCCUGUCGAGGAUGAUGGUACACAGACAUGGUGA